UGUUGGGCCUACUGUACGAAAUCUACACUCGCUCAAUUGUACUUCCCUCUUCCCCGAGAUUCACGGCGGAUUUAAGGCGCGGAAGUGUAAUCUCAUCCAUUUCGACUUGUGGUUUUUGGAAGUGCGAUCAUUCAAGUGUGACUUUAGCUGAAAUUCAGUUCACAGAGCAAUUGGCCAAAAACAAAAAAAGAGGUUGAUUGCCGAUUUGGGCAUCUGGGUGUGUCUGUAAUUGAUGGCACUGUCGUACAGUGCGGAUCGUAUUCAAGAUACUAUUCAUGGGGAUUUUCAAUCCAUUCAUAAGCUUAUCUAAGCUUUUAAAAAUAUGUUUAAUGACUGUUUCAGUUUUUAAAGUAUUUAUGAUAUCCUUUAUAUUUGUAUAACGUAUUAAGGAAAUGUUAAAUUGCUAGAAAUCCAGAAAUCCGUAUAUCAUUGUUCAAUUAAACUUUGUCACAAGACCUUAAUUUGAUUUCGUCUACUUUCUAUAUAAGUAACAGAGUGUUAAUUUAAAUGAGAGCAUUUCCAUCAUUUUCACGCCCCAGCAAAUAACUUAGGAAAACGGAAUCCGUUUCUUAAUUAACCUAUAGAAUGUUCAAAAUAGAAAUUCCGAUCGUUUCCAGUUUUCCUCUUCGUAUAAGGCAGAUAUAUCAUUAAUUAAUAGCAAGAUGUUUAGUAGCCAGAACAAAGUGCAACGCAAACAUCAAACCUUGGUGCAUUGUCCGUUGAUUUUCCAGUAUUUAUUACCAAUUUAAGUCAUAAGCCCGGCCAAAUAAUGUAAACCGGUUUUAGAAUCGGAUUAAGCGCGCUCUAGCCAAGAUCGUUUGAUACUAGUCGAUACCUUGAUGGCUGAUGGCCGGAGUUGGAUAGUCACUUCGUGACUGGAGCUCACUUGGAAUGGUGCGAGCGAGUUGGUCGAAAGUGAAAGUACUCCCCGUACUGUGGUUCCUGUUCCAGGGGAUUCCUCCUCUGCUGGCCAUUCGCCUGCAGCCCUGCGAACUUGCUGGCCAGCUCUAUAUUCUCGAUGUCCCGAAAUCGGAGUUGCCGCUGUGGCUUUGCAUUGCCGAGUUCGAGAGUCGCUUCAACACCCAUGUCGUUGGUCAGGCGAAUGCGGAUGGUUCCCGGGACUACGGACUCUUCCAGAUCAGCGAUCGUUUCUGGUGUGCCCCACCGAACCGAACGGAGUACUAUGCCUUCAAUGAUUGCAAUGUGAAUUGCACUCGGCUUCUCAGCGACGACAUCACCAUGGCCGUCCAGUGCGCCCGACUCAUCCAGAAGCAACAGGGCUGGACGGCCUGGUCCGUCUAUCCGGAGUUCUGCAACGGAACUUUGGAAGCCAUCGAUGAGUGUUUCCAGCCGGGCAACGCCACUGAUUGCUCGACCACCAGCCAGUUGGAUGAGGUCGUAGGUUGUUAGAUAGUAUGCUAUCCAUUAUGUCAUCACUGCCGAAAUAUUUGUGAAUUUGUGUAUGCUAAAUUAAAAACUUAAUUACCGUUGA